AUGGCUCAAAUUUCGCCUGUGCCUCCGAGCUGGAAAGACCUCGGCAAGUCCGCCUCGGACCUGCUCAACAAGGACUUCCCUCUCGCCGGGAGUGCAUUGGAGGUCAAGACCCGCGCCCCUAACGGCGUCCUCUUCAAGGUCGCCGGUCUCCGCGACGCCAAGACUGCCGCUAUCGCAGGCGACCUCGAGGCCAAGUACACGGACGUCAAGAACGGCGUCACCGUUACUCAGACUUGGACCACGAGCAACGUCCUCAAGACGCAGGUCGAGUUGGAGAACCAGAUCGCCAAGGGCUUGAAGCUCGACGUCCAGGGCCACCUCCUCCCCGCGACCCAGUCCAAGGCCGCCUUCGUCACGGCCAUUUACAAGCAGCCCUCGCUCCACACCCGCGCCCUCCUCGACGUCUUCAAGGGCCCGACCUUCACCGCUGACGCCGUCGUCGGCCGCGACGGUUUCCUCCUCGGAGCCGAGACGACCUACUCUGUCCCCACGGGCGCCAUCACGCGCUACGCCGUCGGACUCGGAUACGCCGCCCCGUCGUACACCGUCACCCUCCACGGUCUCGCCAACCUCUCGGUCUUCUCGGCUAGCUACUACCACAAGGUCUCGAAGGACGUUGAGGCUGGCGCCAAGGCCAUCUGGGACUCGAAGGCGCCCACCUCGAACGUCGCUGUCGAGGUCGGCACCAAGGCUUACCUUGACAACACCGCCUUCGUCAAGCUCAAGGCCAACUCGGCCGGCAUCGUCUCGGCCGGCUACACCCAGGCCCUGCGUCCGGGCGUCAAGGCCAGCUUCGGCCUCGCGCUCGACACCGCCAAGUUGGGCGAGGCGAGCCACAAGGUCGGCACCUCGCUCACCUUUGAGGCGUAG